AUGAGCCCCGCUCCGUCGUAUCUGUCGGCCGAUGCCGCCGCGGUGCACAUAUACCACGACGUGGUAUUCAUCAUUCUCUUCGCGCGCAAGUACAGCAUCCCGAAACUCCUCAAGCGCACAUUCCACGAGCUCCUCGCGAGCGCUGAGUUCUGGAUCGCGCUCACGGCGGACCGCAACAGCGUUGGAGCGAAGCGGUCACGAGAAUGGCGCGUCGAUGUGCCGGGGGGAUGGAUGAUGUUGGAGAGCGAGGUGGUCGAGGCAGGGAUGGGUGACCCGCUGCGGUACGACACGUCGAGUGGGUUGACGAAGGAGCAGAAGGAGGCGUGUGAAACGGGGCAGUGGGAGUGGUGGGCGAGCUUUGGAGACUUCAUGCAGCUUGCGUGA